UCAUCCUGAAUUCUUUAACAAACUUCAUUGCAUUAGCAAAUAGUAUUUUAUUUGCUUACUAAAGUAUAUUCGUAUAAUUUAACAUUUAUUUUGAAUUCCGAAAAGAAGUAACGAUUUUGUGUUUCGUUUAGACAAUGACAGAACAACAAAUGGAUUGUGCACUGGAUUUGAUGAGGAGGCUGCCUCCUCAGCAGAUUGAGAAGAAUUUAACUGACUUAAUUGAUCUAGUCCCAAGUUUGUGUGAAGAUUUGUUGUCGUCCGUUGAUCAGCCCUUGAAGAUCGCUCAAGACCGAAGUAACGGGAAAGAUUAUCUUCUGUGCGAUUACAAUCGUGAUGGAGACUCAUAUAGGUCGCCAUGGUCAAAUACUUACGACCCUCCUCUUGAGGAUGGUUCAAUGCCAUCAGAGAGAUUGAGGAAGUUGGAAAUAGAAGCCAACCAUGCCUUCGACCAGUACAGGGAAAUGUAUUUCGAGGGUGGCGUCAGUUCUGUCUAUUUGUGGGAUAUGGAUCAUGGUUUUGCAGGUGUGAUUCUAAUCAAGAAGGCGGGAGAUGGCUCCCAGAAGAUCAAAGGGUGCUGGGACUCCAUCCAUGUGGUUGAAGUGGUUGAGAAAAGCUCUGGCCGGAAUGCACACUACAAGCUUACUUCAACAGCCAUGUUAUGGCUUCAGACUAACAAAGAAGGCAGUGGGACUAUGAAUUUAGGCGGCAGUCUUACAAGACAGGCGGAGCAGGAUUCAGCAGUGAGUGACGUCACCCCCCACAUUGCUAACAUCGGCCGCAUGGUCGAGGAUAUGGAAAACAAGAUCAGAAACACUCUUAAUGAUAUAUAUUUUGGUAAAACAAAGGACAUCGUAAACGGUUUACGAUCAACCAUACCCGCUAACGUGGCCCGACAAAAGGCCGCCUUACAACACGACCUCGCUGAGGUGUUGUUGCAACGCCGGCAGGUGGCGCGCGACUGAAACACAGAUGUAUCCGAGAUUUUGGGUUAAAUAACAACAACGACAUAGAAAUUCAAAAGUUAUAUUAAAAGUAUAAUGUUAUGUGACAUUUCAUCGUAAAAUUGUAUAAAAUACGCAUCCGUCAUGGUGCUUUGAAAUGUCCGCGUUGUUUAGAACGUAUUUGAAUUUAAGCAUAAUUUAAAUAUUCACGUAAUUAUUUUAGCCCAAAAUGAUGUAACACAUUUAUUUGAUUGCAUUUUUAUUGCUUAGUGAUUUUUUUUUAUUUUAUUGUAAAUUAGUUAUAUUGAAAUUUAGGUAUUUUCUAACAGUAUAGAAUCAGUGUACGUUUAAUAUGUAUUGCAUGUUAAGUGAUAAGCCAAUUGUUGAUGUUGCAAUAUGUACUAAAAAAAUUUAUCCGUAAUGAUUCAAUAGUUUUGAAUUGGCCUCUCUAAAUAAAGAUUUAUUUAUCUGAA